AUGGCAGCGGAAGUCAAGAUAAUAGUGAUAGGGGACACCAACGUUGGAAAGACGUGUCUGUUACUGACGUACACGACAAAUGCGUUUCCUGAGACAUAUGUCCCGACAGUGUUUGACAAUUACACUGCACCAAUCAGUAUUGAUGGGCGGUCGAUUCAAAUGAAUCUUUGGGAUACAUCCGGAUCAGAUGAUCUUGAUGAGAUGCGACCAGUGAGUUAUGCAGGGUCAGACUGUUUUAUGAUAUGCUUUGCUGUGUCAGAAGAAGAAUCAUUUGAACGAAUCAAGACAAAAUGGGUUCCUGAGAUAGUUGCGCAUUGUGGUGUACCAAAUCCACGAAUAGUGAUAGUAGGGACAAAGUCUGAUAUUCGAGACAAUGCAAAGUCUGUUGAUAUUCUUGCAAAACAAGGAAAGCAAUUAGUCAAGAAAGAGUCGAUAGAGUCGAUGGCAAAUGAAGUGAAUGCACUUGGAUUCACUGAAUGUUCCGCAGUCAACCAAAAUGGGUUGAAUGAAGCAUUUGAGAUGACAGCACGUGUUGCUCUUGGGAUGGAAGACGGCAAAGAAAAGGACAAAGACAAGAAAGGAAAGAAAGACGACAAGAAAGACAAGAAGGCCCAAAAAGAAAAAGAAAAGAAAGAAAAAGAGGAGAAGAAGAAGCGCGAGAAAGAAGAGAAAAAGAAGGAGGGCAAAGGCGAAAAACACGGCCUUUUCGGCUUCUUGAAGAAAUAA